AUGGGUUUCUUCUGGUGGGUCACUCAAAGAAACUCUCUUCUCUCGACGUCCACCGAAUUUUUGAAUUUUGCCAAGAAGCGUGAGGUUUUUGAUUGGAUGGUCGGAAUCAGAAGGAAGAUUCACGAGAAUCCUGAAUUGCUUUAUGAGGAAUUUCAGACCAGUGAGCUGAUCAGAAAAGAACUGAUACAUUGGGCAUUAUCAUAUAAAUACCCCGUCGCAGUCACCGGUGUUAUUGGCUAUAUAGGCACCGGACAACCUCCCUUCGUCGCUAUAAGAGCUGAUAUGGAUGCUCUUCCUAUGCAAGAAAUGGUGGAGUGGGAGCACAAGAGUAAAAUUCCUGGAAAGAUGCAUGCUUGUGGCCAUGAUGCUCAUGUGACUAUGCUUCUCGGUGCUGCAAAGAUCCUCAAAGACACGAAAAAGAGAUACUG